AUGGAAAAUGUUUCGGCUGCUGAUGUAAGGAGUGGCGCCAAAGAUAUUCAAGGAAUCGCGAAAAGAACCAGGGGGGAAUUUAGUGGUGCACUUCAUUUUAUUGCUUCAUACAAUGAUUCUGGAGUUAAGGAAUUUGAUGUGGAGACGUUACAACUGUCUAACCAUUUCUAUUUUAACUUGCCAGUGAAUCACACAUCACUCAGCCCUGAUGGCAACCUUCUCGUUAUAGUUGGGGAUGAUCCCGAAGGAAUGUUGGUUGACUCCAGGAGUGGAGUGGUUGUUUCUUCUCUGUCUGGACAUGUGGCGUCCUCGUAUGCAUCAGCGUGGCAUCCUGAUGGCCAGACAUUUGCAACUGGGAAUCAGGAUAACACGUGCAGAACAUGUCCAAGUCAGUCAACUGUGUUGCACGAUACGUUUGGACCUAUUAUGUCAAUUCGCUACACGUCUGAUGGCAGAUAUAUGGCUAUGGCAGAGCAUGAAGAUCUUGUCCAUAUUUUCGAUGUAAAAAGUGGAUAUGUGGUGGAACAAGAAAUGGAUUUCUUUGGUGAGAUAUCAGGAAUGUCUUUUAGUCCUGAUACAGAGUCCAUUUUCAUAGGAAGAGUUAUGACUAUUAAUCUCAGAUACUUGAGGGGAAUUAUCGUUCUAAAUGUUUUCAAUAAUAGAAUGGAAGAUGUUUCGGCUGCUGAUGUAAGGAGUGGUGCCAAAGAUAUUCAAGGAAUCCCAUGGUAUUUGAGACCUACCAGGGAGCAAGUUAGGCAAAGAAAACUACGAUACUGUAGGAACAGUAGAAGAAAUACUCCACAAUCUGGUGAGACAUCAGAUAAGGAGCACAAAACCAUUAAGAAAGAUUGUUUAUACGAUUUUAGAUGGUAUGCAAGAUCCAUUAGACCAUCGUUCUAUCAUCUCCGGCUGAGGAAUAUGGUCUGGGCAACGUCUAAGCACGAUGUGUACCUCUUGUCUGCUUUUUCUGCCGUGCAUUGGUCAUCAUUGACCUGCACGAAAACUGAGAUUCUUGACUUCUCAGGGCAUGUAGUACCACUCGAGAAACAUCCUAAAAGCUUUCCAGAGGGAUUUACUGUAACCCUAGUAAGCACACUCGCGGUGAAAGAUAAUUUACUUCUUGCUGGUGGAUUGCAAGGAGAACUUAUAGUUAAGUAUUUGGAUAAACCUGGAGUUAGCUUUUGUGCUCGGCCAACAUAUGAUGCCAUAACCACUUGUAUCGAGAUUAACAACAGUUCCAGUGGUGCACUUCAUUUUAUUGCUUCAUACAAUGAUUCUGGUGUUAGGGAAUUUGAUAUGGAGACGUUUCAACUGUCUAACCAUUUCCAAUUUAACUUGCCAGUGAAUCACACAUCACUCAGCCCUGAUGGCAACCUUCUCGUUAUAGUUGGGGAUGAUCCCGAAGGAAUGUUGGUUGACUCCAGGAGUGGAGUGGUUGUUUCUUCUCUGUCUGGACAUGUGGGCUCCUCGUAUGCAUCAGCGUGGCAUCCUGAUGGCCAAACAUUUGCAACUGGGAAUGAGGAUAACACAUGCAGAAUAUGGGAUAUCCGGAACUUGUCCAAGUCAGUCACUGUGUUGAACGAUACAUUUGGACCUAUUAUGUCAAUUCGCUACACGUCUGAUGGCAGAUAUAUGGCUAUGGCAGAGUAUGAAGAUCUUGUGCACAUUUUCGAUGUAAAAAGUGGAUAUGUGGUGGAACAAGAAAUUGAUUUCUUCGGUGAGAUAUCAGGAAUGUCUUUUAGUCCCGAUACAGAGUCCCUUUUCAUAGGUGUCUCAUACAGUGGCCUCCUUGAGUUUAGACGACGACACAACUAUUCAUAUCUUGAUACAAUGAUAUGA